UCGACCAAUCACAGGGCGGGUUGUUGGACUGUCCUCUCAAAGCAGCAGCGAUGGUGGGUAUGAGCGUCCUGAGGUCUGCUGCUGCUUUCGCAGCCAGACUGAAGCCAUUGAAUGCUGGAAAUAAUGCGGCGAAUUUGCUCACUCGAACAAUCCCCCGAACAGAUAAAGUCACUAUUCGUUGGGGUCAUGGAAAGAAAAUGUUUACCAUCAAACCCACCAGCUACUAUGACAGGAGGUUUCUGCACUUACUGCGAUUUUACGUCCUGCUGACUGGAAUUCCAGUAGCCAUAAUUGUCACAGCUGUGAAUCUCUUCAUUGGUGAGGCAGAGCUUGUUGAGAUUCCUGAAGGCUACGAACCUGAACACUGGGAGUACUACAAGCACCCCAUCACCAGGUGGAUUGUACGAUACUUGAAAGACACCCCAGUGAAAGACUAUGAGAAAAUGUUGGCUGUAGUGCAAAUAGAGAAAGAAAAAGCAGACAUGAGACUGGCUGAGAUGGAGGUGCGUCGUCACAUGAGAAUUAGGGGAGACGGUCCCUGGUUCCAUUAUCCCACCAUUGACAAGGAGCUCAUCGACCACAGCCCCAAGUCGUCACCUGACAAUUAAUGAAGAUGUCAUCAGUUCUACUCUUUGUAAAUUUGCCCUCGCUUCCAUAAAUAAAGUAUCUAUGUGGUCUAA